UGCUUUUCAUGCUUGUUGUUUUGUCCUUGUCAGUAUGAGAUAUGAGUGUAUAGACCUUUAUGGUCCAGUACAAAAGCUUCUUCACUAACUGCUCAAAACAGGAACUAUUGAACUCUGGGGAAAAAAGAAACCAAGAAAAAGAAACAAAAAGAAGAGUUGCUUUGUGUGUGUGUGUGUGUGUGUGUGAUACAGUAUAAUGUCAAUAUGACAUUAUGUCCUUUACUAUAAUAUUUUACUUCUACAGCAACAAUGACAUUCUGAUUAUCUGCUCUACCGCUUUGCACUUUAAUAAAAAUUCUGUGUGUGUGUAAAAGAAUAAACACCUCUGGGCUGUGGCAGGUGUCUCCGCUGAAGCAUGUAAUGUUUGUCUCUACUUGUACGCAAGCGGAGACGACCUUUUACUAACCACGAAAACAGACCACGCUUAGGAGACAUCAACAUGGCCACUGCUAUGACUGACAAGCCAGAGGAGAGUGGGGAGUGGUGUGUGUGUGUGUGUGUGUGUGUGUGUUUCGUCUGCUACCAUGUUAGAAAUUAGGAUCUAUCCUGUAGACAUGGCGACAUGCUGGUGUAUUUUCCAUUACCGUCUGUUCUUUUUUUAGCACUAGUCCCUGAACAUGCCUACAAUUGGCUGCCUCAUCAGCUUCCCCUGCUAGUGGGACAGAAUGCUAGGCGCUGUUUGGCUCUUCAUCAACACACACGCUGCGUCGUGAACACAAAUAAAUCAACACACAAGAGGAAACCAGGAAGACAUGAACGAAAGUCAAUAAAUCUAGACCCUUCUGGCAGAGACACUCUGCAAAUAAAAGCAAAAGCAGAUUCCUGUUGGACGAUGGUGAAAGGAGGUGGAGAUUUCUAGCUGUAGAGAAGAAAGUGUUAAUGUUCUUCCUCUGGCAAAACUCCAACUCAGUAUUUCAGUAUUUUAAUGUUGUGGAACGUACAUGAAACAAGACAAAAGUUUGUGAUGUUACAGAGAAACUGCAAAGCGUGAACUCUUCUCUAUCGUGAAGAUGUCAAAGCUGAAGCUUCACCUCUGACUGUUACAGUGCGCUCCUCACACGGGGCACCACCGAUGGCCGACAAUAACUGUGAUUCGUUAGUUUUGCCUCAUGGGAACUUAUUUGGCAGGAACCGUGUUCUUCCGGUGGAAUAGACCAAAUACGUGCACCCGUUUCCCUCAAGCAGUGCUUGCUAAUGCGUGUUUUCCCAGCUGCUGAUUUGCUGUUGCCGUCGCUGUGACUUCAUGUGUGAAGCGUGCCGCAAACACUGUAGUGGAGACAUGCAGCUGUCGCCUCCAUCCUCAUCAUCCUCUCUUUAACACAGAAAACAGCACUGUGGGGAGCAGCAGUCAUUCAGCUGUAUGACGCAGGAGCAGUAUAUUCUCGCGUCCCAGCCGAGCGCCCUGCAGAGGCCGGGUUGCCCUGCUCCAUACCCAGUGGGCAUCUACGGUUGGCGUAAACGCUGUCUCUACUUCUUCAUCCUCCUCCUCCUUGUCACCAUGAUUGUCAACCUUGCACUCACCAUCUGGAUCCUGAAGGUCAUGAACUUCACAGUGGACGGGAUGGGUAAUCUACGCGUGACCAAAGAAGGCGUGAGGUUAGAAGGCGUCUCCGAGUUCCUUCUUCCUCUGUACGUGAAGGAGAUUAAAUCCAGACGGGACAGUCCGCUGAUCCUGCAGUCGGACCGGAACGUGACGGUGAACGCGCGGAACGACCUCGGCCAGCUCACAGGACAGCUCACUGUGGGUUCGGAUACAGUGGAGGCUCAGUGUCAGAGGUUCGAGGUCCGGAGCUCAGACGGAGACAGAGUGCUGUUCUCCGCAGAUGAGAAUGAGGUCAGCAUCGGCACCGAGAAGCUGAGAGUGACAGGUAACGAGGGAGUCGUGUUUGCUCAUUCGGUCGAGACGCCGCACAUUCGAGCCGAACCUUUCCAAGACCUAAAGUUAGAGUCUCCAACGCGGACUCUGACGUUGGAAGCGCCGAAAGGUGUGGAGGUGAAUGCGGGAGUGGGGGAGUUCAGAGCGUCCUGCAGGAAAGAGCUCACUCUGGAGUCUUCUGAGGGGGAGAUCUUUCUCAACGCCAAGUCCAUCCGCAUGCCGAAUCUUCCUCACGGCAGCGUGGACCCGCUGCUCAGCCCGGGCACCAGCUACCCAAAACACACCGUCUACGAGGUGUGUGUGUGUCCAAGCGGCAAGCUGUACCUGUCCCCCGCUGACAGCGCCUCCACCUGCCAGACUACCAACAGUGUGUGUUUAUGGAGCUGAGAGCGGCAUGGGGGCUUCGCCCGACACCAGAAAGGCCUUCCUUUUCUUCCUCCUUCCCUCUUUCCUUCCUCAUCCAUCUUUCCUUCAUCUGCCGUAUUCACGUCAACAUCUCCACUGACGAGCUUCGGAAUCUUAUCAGAUCGGACAUUAGUAGAAAACGGAGGCGUUACUUGGACAGAGUGUUUUUUUUUUCAUUGAUUAUUCACACUUUCUACCUUUAUUUCAGUUUCCCGUUUUGAGUUCUUUAUCUAUUUCCUCAGUUUUUUCUUUUUAUCGUCAGCAUUUUUUCAUUCCCUACUCAUUCUCUUUUCUUCUUUUCCAUCCCUUCUUCUCUCCUUCCCUCUUUCCUUCCUUCAGGAAUUCAGGAAUCGGGACAAACUCGGCUCGAUAGCAGCCUCAUCUUCCCAAUCUGUAAAUGGAGCAAAAACUUGACUUGGAGCUUAUUUUUUUCUUUCCUCUCCUCUUGUUUUUGGUACUCCUAUUUUUGUAUGACCCUCAGCCCCAGUGGAGACUUAUGGGAAAAUCUGACGAGAGGCCGGACCAGGCUAACGAAAACGAGCACACACAUGCUUGUGCACGCUCGAGUGGGUGUGUGUGUUUUUCUAAAGAAGCGAUACACAGGUGCCUUUGCUGUUGUCGGAAAAGCACACGUUCACCCGCAACCAUCCUCCAGUCGCAGCAGAACACGCCGGCAAAAAGAGGAACGCUAAUUAACGUCUAUCUCCGUUUUGAAAACAGUUAAAACAGGAAAGGCGCAUCUAAUGUAGUCCAAUUUCUGUCCUUUUUGGGUUUUUUUUUCUUUUGGACUUUUCUCUUUUUGGGAACAAAGCACAAGAUUAUGCCAUGUAUAUAAGAAACUCAAUAAAUAAUAAUAAAAAGAGAAAGUUUAUUUUAAACAUUUUGUAUCCAAGAAUGUUUGAUGAUAAUUUUUUUUAAUCUUCUAAUUUUUGUCCUCCCCCAACCCUCAAAAAAAAAAAAAAAAAAAACCCCACAGUGUAUUUGUGUUUUGCGAUUGUUGCAAAAAGGUAACAUUUUUAUGCUUUCUUAUCAUCAGCAGACCAAAAUCAGUUUGUCUACAAUCGCAGUUAAUAUAUCCUCUCCCCCAAAAUGUACACAUUUAAUAGAAUUUAAUACAAAU